UGGAGAGGCGAAAGGGAGUGGAGUGCGCGCGCGCGGCGCGAUUCCGGACGGCCAUUGCGAGUAACUUGUACGAAGCUGCGAGCGCGAUUCCGUGUCGUACGGCACACAAGUGAGAAAUUUCGGUGAACCGACGUUUAUCUCUGUACUAAGGUGCCCCGUAUCAAGUUUGGAACGCGCACGACACUCCGGCCCGAUGGCUGAGACCGACAAAUUGAACAUCGACAACAUCAUAGCUCGUCUCUUGGAAGUACGAGGAGCAAGACCAGGUAAAAAUGUUCAGUUGACAGAAGUGGAGAUUAGAGGACUGUGUCUCAAGUCACGUGAAAUCUUUCUAUCACAGCCCAUCCUUUUAGAACUCGAGGCACCAUUGAAAAUAUGUGGUGAUAUUCAUGGACAAUAUUAUGAUUUGUUACGAUUGUUCGAGUACGGUGGUUUUCCUCCCGAAAGCAACUACCUUUUCUUAGGAGAUUACGUUGAUAGAGGGAAACAAUCGUUGGAAACUAUUUGUCUUCUUCUUGCCUAUAAAAUCAAGUAUCCAGAAAAUUUCUUCUUGUUAAGAGGAAACCAUGAAUGCGCGUCCAUUAAUAGGAUAUAUGGAUUUUAUGAUGAAUGUAAACGUCGUUACAACAUUAAACUAUGGAAAACGUUUACUGAUUGCUUCAAUUGCCUACCUGUUGCUGCAAUAGUAGACGAAAAGAUAUUUUGCUGCCAUGGAGGCUUGAGUCCGGAUCUUCAAAGCAUGGAACAGAUCAGACGUAUCAUGCGACCGACAGAUGUACCUGAUCAGGGAUUACUCUGUGAUUUAUUGUGGUCUGAUCCCGAUAAAGACACUAUGGGUUGGGGUGAAAAUGAUCGCGGUGUAUCCUUCACUUUCGGCGCAGAAGUCGUUGCCAAGUUUUUGCACAAGCAUGAUUUUGAUCUUAUAUGCCGUGCGCAUCAGGUGGUGGAAGAUGGUUAUGAAUUUUUUGCCAAACGACAGUUGGUGACUCUGUUCUCGGCUCCGAACUACUGCGGCGAGUUUGACAAUGCAGGUGCCAUGAUGUCAGUGGACGAGACUCUCAUGUGCAGUUUCCAAAUUUUAAAACCGGCCGAUAAGAGGAAAUUCACCUAUGGUGGUCUCAAUGCUGGACGGCCUGUGACGCCACCGCGGGGUGCAAACAACAAAAAUAAGAAGAAGUGAAGUCCUUAGAUUUAUCUUUUCGAAUGCUUAGAACUGCUACCGCCCAACCCGACAUCUAUCUAUCGAGACAUUAAGACCUCGUCGUGUGUGUGUGUGUGUGUGUGUGUGUGUGUGUGUGAGAGAGAGAGAGAGAGAG